AUGGUUUGCUUUCUUUUCCCCUCUUACCCUUCGACCACGUUCCCUUCAAGUUUUAUCAAACAAACUUGCGCCUGUAAUGAUUGCCUCCCCUGUCUGCCCUACACAUUUACUACGCCCGCGAUUUUCCUCCCCGUGAGAGACAGUGAUGCGCCAUAACUUACUGCUCGUCUGCCUCUCUUCUGGCCUUUGACAAGCUUGCAGAAUUUCACCCUUUGCUAUUUCCCGACUUGAUCAGACCAUUAAAAACUCGCGUCGUGAACUAUUUGCUAUCGCAUCACCUUGUGCAACGCCAAGAGAUAGGGAUUGGUUGGAAUGGAGGGAAAUCCAGAAGCCGAAUCCGUACGAGGGGACCGACCCCUCGAACCAAAGACAGAAGCAAAGGCACCAGCAGAUGUCGAUUUACCAAGCGAACCUCAAGGAUUCCAAGGCCACCUUGAAGUGACAGAUGAAGCUCAAGUUGAAGACUCAGCAAAAGCCCCCGUCAAAUCGUGGAUCGAAGCCCAGAGCGAAACCCAACCUCAACAGCCUCCGUCCGAACCCCCAACUGGUGAUGCAGAGGGGGACAAUGCUGUAGGCCAGCUGCCCCGCGUCGAAAAUGAUGCUUCCAGUACAGUGCCUGGCGUGAUUGGCACAACAGCUGGAAGCGCUUCGACCUUGACCUUAGCUCCAGGCACAGACCGGCCAAACCCAGCACCACCCGCCGCUAAAGCUGGAGUUGGAGUUGUAGCUGGACCGGCUUCGAUAACUCCACGCGGGCGGGCUGCAUCAACCUCCACUGGCCACUCCACCACAGCCGCCGGUCAUGGCUAUGUCCCUCAAUUUGUCGCUCCGUCACCCUACCUCCGACGCAGGACUUCUAUCCGGAGCCCAAUGGCACCCACCGAGCCAAAGCCUCUAAGUCCGUUGGACAGAGGUCAGUUGCAGGGUCUGAAUGCCAUUCGCGAUUUCCUCAAAGUUCGCACCAGCUACGAUGUUCUACCCUUCUCGUUUCGACUCAUCGUCCUCGAUACCGAUCUCCUCAUUAAGAAAGCCAUCAACAUCCUUACGCAAAACUCAAUUGUAUCGGCUCCUCUAUGGAACUCAAAAACCUCUCGAUUCGCCGGUAUCCUUACGAGCACGGACUUUAUCAAUGUGAUUCAGUACUAUUGCCAGUUUCCUGACGAGUUCAGCAAACUCGACCAGUUUCGACUCAUUAGCCUAAGAGACAUCGAGAAAGCGAUCGGCGCAAUGCCCAUCGAGACGGUCUCGGUUCACCCUUCAAAGACGCUUUAUGAGGCCUGUCGACGCAUGCUCAAAACCCGCGCUCGACGAAUCCCACUCGUCGAUGUCGAUAGCGAGAUCAACAAGGAGACGGUCGUUUCGGUCAUCACCCAAUAUCGUAUCCUCAAGUUUAUCGCCGUCAACAAUGAACACAACACGGUGCUGCUGAAAAAAACGGUUCGAGACAUUGGCCUCGGCACAUACUCAGGCAUCGCUACCGUCUUGAUGAGCAGUUCUGUGCUUGACGUGGUUUAUCUCAUGGUGAAACACAACAUCAGCUGUGUUCCAAUCGUCGAUUCACAUGGGCGGGUGCUGAAUGCCUUUGAGGCAGUUGAUGUCAUCCCUUGUAUCAAAGGUAGUGCCUACGAUGACUUGGACGGCUCUGUUGGUGAGGCACUAUGCAAGAGAUCUGACGAGAGCCCUGGCAUUUAUACAUGCAGCGAAGGCGAUAGCCUAGAUUCCAUCUUUGACACAGUCCGAAAGAGCAGAGUUCAUCGUCUGAUAGUGGUUGACGAUGAGAAUAAGCUCAAGGGCAUCAUCUCGCUCUCAGACAUCCUCAAAUAUGUCUUGUUGUACGGAGUGGAGGACACAAACAACUGGGCUUGACAGGAUGGAUUCAUGACUCUCUACCAAACGUGGUGAGGCUUAUAAUGAUUGCAUGCCGUCUACGACCAAGGGAGCUCUCGUAGGAGAGACAGGCGCCGGAUAGGGAGGCAAGCAUAUAAACUGGCGCAAGGGGAAUUUCUGUGGAAAGAAUAUCAAUAUGUGCAUAUUAUUUCUUUCGCUAUAGACCGCUGACAAGUCAUGAGUACAUGAUACAGCUUGUCUUAGGGAAGAUGACUUAUCUAGAUGUGUCACAGCAAUGGACGCUUUCUCUUGGCUUCGGGAAUCGAGUGGCUGCCAAUGUUUGGGUGGGAUUGGCCAAGUCUCAUUUGAUGUUGAUGACAUGACGGAUGACAGUCAAACUUGAUGUUGUUGCUUGCUGCACUCUGACGACAUCGGUGCUAUUUAUUCUAUUUCAGUAUUUCAUCCCGAUCUCCCACUUUAGCUUUUGUUUUGUAAAUUACUAUCAAUAUCCCGCUGUUAGACCAAAGUUUU